AUGCAGUCAGCUACUUGUAGAGAUAUACAAUUAUACAUAGCAAUGCAGUCAGCUACUUGCAGAGAUAUACAAAAAUUCGUAGUAAUACAGUCAGCUACUUGCAGAGAUAUACAAAGAUUCGUAGUAAUACAGUCAGCUACUUGUAGAGAUAUACAAAGAUUCGUAGUAAUACAGUCAGCUACUUGUAGAGAUAUACAACGAUUCGUAGUAAUACAGACAGCUACUUGUAGAGAUAUACAAAGAUUCGUAGUAAUACAGUCAGCUACUUGUAGAGAUAUACAACGAUUCGUAGUAAUACAGUCAGCUUCUUGCAGAGAUAUACAAAGAUUCGUAGUAAUACAGUCAGCUACUUGUAGAGAUGUACAAAAAUUCGUAGUAAUGCCGUCAGCUACUUGUAGAGAUAUACAAAGAUUCGUAGUAAUACAGUCAGCUACUUGUAGAGAUAUACAAAAAUUCGUAGUAAUGCAGUCAGCUACUUGUAGAGAUAUACAAAGAUUCGUAGUAAUGCAGUCAGCUACUUGUAGAGAUAUACAAAGAUUCGUAGUAAUACAGUCAGCUACUUGUAGAGAUGUACAAAAAUUCGUAGUAAUGCAGUCAGCUACUUGUAGAGAUAUACAAAAAUUCGUAGUAAUGCAGUCAGCUACUUGUAGAGAUAUACAAAGAUUCGUAGUAAUACAGUCAGCUACUUGCAGAGAUAUACAAAGAUUCGUAGUAAUACAGUCAGCUACUUGUAGAGAUAUACAAAGAUUCGUAGUAAUGCAGUCAGCUUUUUGUAGAGAUACUAAGUAUACAAAGAUUCGUAGUAAUACAGUCAGCUACUUGUAG